CCGCAUGCAGCUCGUGGACGAAUGGCGACGCCCCAGCCCCGGCAUUGAACUCCAUUGAGCUCCAUUGAGUCUUCGAGGAGCGGUCAGGCCACCCCCACUUGGCAGCCACUCGACCGCUUGGUUACUGUGUACAGCUUGGUGGUCUUUGCCAACCAAGCCUUUUCGAGACAGCCAGGCCCGACGGGCGAGCUCGAGUCCACGCUUGCGCUCCUUGUACAAGCUGCGCGGCACCCUACUGUUGAAGUGUCAGGACUCAGACAUGUCGACUCCGUACUGGGGCCAGCUCCCACCCCCGAAGGCGAGCCAAACCAGAGCCCGCCGUCUGUCCGACGACCAGGGCCCGCCGCCAGAUCGCCGCCAGUCAUUGGAUGUCCCGCCCCAGGGACAGACGGGGGCGAAUCGCGUGUCUGUGCAAACUACAAAAUCGGAUGCGCCGACUGAGUCGACCCAGAGCCCCUUCGCGUCGCCAACCGCCUCGAGCUUCCACGCCCAGGGUCUCGCUCCUCGGCCACCGUCGCUGCCCUACGGAGCCAAUCAUUACCCUCCCGAGCUUCUAGAGAACCGUCAGCGGCGCAGGAGCCGCAACCGGGACCAGGAGGACGAGUAUGUCGCCGUGACCGGUCCACCGCCUCCUGCCGCCCCGGACGUACCGCGCGCUCCCCCUUCGAGCUACAAGUAUCAAGCAGUGAGCGGCGCGCCGCCUCAACGGUCCAGCCGCACCGGUACUACGAUGGGCACUGAGGAAUUCUACCAGCCGGCGGCGGCCCCGGACGGCCAGGAAGACGACAAUCCCGUCCCGGACAGGACCCGCAAGACGCUCGGAGAGUCGGCAAUGCCGCGCCCUCCGCGUAUCAACACCGAUCCUACUUUCGGCAGAAACUCGCCGCUGCCUAAUGGUCGCCCGCGGAGAGGGUCUGCUGCGGAGCAAUCGCUGCAGAGGAGUGCCAGGAGGUAUUCGACGCAGGGUUCGGCAGACCGGCCCAAAGUGUUCGCAGACGACCGUUCGCCGCUCAAAAAGCUUGAGCUGACGCUUGACAGCAUCUCGAAGGAGGAGAAGCGGGCGCGCGUCGAAGCGGCCGAGCAGGCUGCUAGAGAGAGGUUAGAGAGGGCGGCCGCCAACGGAGCCGCCCGCCCAGGCGACAAGACCCCGCAGCAGGCGCGCUUCCGGGAACGACGGCCCUCUGUAGCGACCGGAGACGCACCCAGAACGCCGAUAACACCAGCCAGGCCAACACCGGACUCUGCUGGGCAGCCGGGGCAGAACGGCCCGCUCUCGCAGAACCCACCCGAAGAGGGGCGGAGACAGAGCACGACUGCUGAGCCGUCGCCGAGGCCAGCAACCGCGGAAUCCCGGAUCCCUGUCCCCGUACAUUCGAGCGGCAUCCCGCAGCGCAACCUCAGCUUCCGCGAGCGCGCAGCCAGAAAUGACGUAAAGCUACCGACCACACUCGACAGCCCUGCGUCCAAGGAAGGCUCGCCUGCGACUCUGUCGAGGAGCGGCAGCAACAAGCUGAAGAAACCGCCUCCGAGAGACCUGUGGCCAAAUCGGAUAUCCGAGGUUGACGAAAUCAACAACUCUGGCGGGGUGGUUGCUCAUAGCCCACAGGCGGUGGCCGGCGUGUCUGCUGCUCCUGUUACCGCUAGCGACGCCAAACCGCCGCAUUCCCAGCCCAGGUUCGUCUCGCCGGCGAGGGGCCCAGAACCUGCAGACCAAGAUGACUUCGCGGACGAGUUCAUGGCAUACCCACCCGUCGGGAAACUGACAAAGCCACCGCCCGGCCAAAGAAACGCCCCCGACCAGUUCCUCGCGCGGAUCCCGACCCGGACGGCCGAGACAAACGGGGCGCGACAGGUGACUUUCCAGCACGACGCGCAUACGGACCGUGAACACCGCUCUAUGGACGGCACUGGGGCGCAACACCACAUGUCCGACCUCAUUUACCAUGCUCGCGACAAAUACCAGCCCGGCCAAGGCACUUUCAAACCCACCACGUACCUUGACGAGUGGAGGAAGGCGACGGUGGGGACCCUGGCGGGAGGGCUCCUCGACCUGGAGGAUGUCCCGCCGCCAGUGCCGGAAAAGAAUGCGUCCUGGGGCGGAUCCCAGCAGUCCAGGCGGCGGAGCGACAGCAUGUCGUCGCGGCCGAAGAAGGCGGAGGCCUACGAGGGAGAAUAUGCCGAGUCAAACGGUACGCGUACCCCUAAUCAGCAGGCUUUUUACCCCAGCAUUGGCGAGGUGCAAAGCAGCGACCUCUUUUCCAUCCUGUCCACGGGCGAGUUGGGGGGUGGUCUUGUGCGCGAGCCCCAACACCUGGCGCCUCCGUCAAGGAGGGCGAAGGCCCGAGCUAAGCGCUGGGACGGGCUGCGUCCCUUCAGCCCUAGUCCUUCUGCGAACAGUUCUCAAGACAGCCUGGGCCGCUUCUCGCUGCGCAGCAACGAUGCCGCUUUCUCCCGGCAAGCCAUGUCAUACUCUUCGCCCACGCGAUUCAAGCCGCCCCUGUACCUCAAGUGCGGGCCCCUCCUGAGGUUCUGCGGAAUCCGCCACGAGCGGGUGCCCAACCGGUCGAACGCGAACGGCGGCGUGGUCGAGAGGGAGAUAUGGAGAGGCUCCAUCAUGAUCGUCACGACGGAUGCCGACUCGUCCUACGACAUCGCUCCGACGCUGAGACUGUUCGCCCAGCCGAUCGAGCUGCUCCCGCCACCGCCGAGGGAGAUCAAAAGUGACGAGCCCCUGGCCCCCGAAUAUGUCGACCCGAUCGCCGGGCAUCCCAAGCUCGGCCGGAAAGGCGAGACGCUCUACGUCAGACCCGUGGACCAUCUCCAGGAGGGCAAGGAUAUCUCCAAGGACGAGACGGACGACGGACUAUUUGAGAAGUCGAAGAGUCCACCGGAAGUGCCCCUGCCGGAGGGUGUGGUGGAUCCCCCUGGCUCGUUCGCGGCCAGGCGGAAGCGAGCCGAGAUGGACGGCGAGAAGGCGGGCAAGUACAGGGAUAUCCGAGGCUUCAGGCUGCACGCCGAGCGCGGCUACACCUUCUGGAGGUUCAACAUCGAGGUCGAGCUGCGGGAGAAGCAGCAGCGGAUCGCGUACCGCAUCAACAGGGGCCCGUCCACGGGCUUCUGGGUCCCCGCUAAGGGCCAGAGCAUGAACAUCAUGUUCUACAGCUGCAACGGCUUCAGCCUGACGGUCAAUCCCAAUGACUUCACCGGGCCGGACCCCAUGUGGCGCGACGUGCUCAACACGCACCAGAGCCAGCCCUUCCACGUCAUGAUUGGCGGCGGAGACCAGAUCUACAACGACAAGUGCAUGCAGGACACCAAGCUCUUCCAGGACUGGCUGAUGAUCAAGAACCCGCUGCACAAACACAACGCACCGUUCACGCCGGAGAUGCAGGACGAGCUCGAGAGCUACUACCUCGAGCGCUACGCCAUGUGGUUCUCGCGCGGCCUGUUCAGCAUGGCCAACGCGCAGAUUCCCAUGGUCAACAUGUACGACGACCACGACAUCAUCGACGGGUUUGGCUCGUAUCCGCACCACUUCAUGAACUCGCCCGUGUUCUCGGGGCUCGGCAACGUCGCGUUCAAGUACUACAUGCUCUUCCAGCACCAGAGCAUCGUCCAAGAGACCGAGAAGGCCGAGCCGAGCUGGAUUCUGGGUGUGCAGCCCGGCCCCUACAUCAACGAGCUCAGCCGGAGCUUGUUCAUGUUCCUGGGCGCCAAGGUGGCCCUGCUUGCCGUCGACGCGCGGACCGAGCGGACACGCGACGAGGUGAUUCGGGAGGAUACGUGGAAGAAAAUCAUGGACCGGUGCUACAGCGAGAUCGACAAGGGGAAGGUGGAGCAUCUGCUGGUUCUGCUGGGCGUGCCCAUUGCCUACCCGAGACUGGUGUGGCUUGAAAACAUCUUGACUUCCCGGGUUAUGGAUCCCGUCAAAGCACUCGCCAAAAUGGGCAUGUUUGGCGGUUUGCUCAACCGCUUUGACGGCGGCGUCGAGGUGCUCGACGAUCUGGACGACCACUGGACGGCCAAGAACCACAAGCGCGAACGUGCCAUCGUGGUUGAGGAUCUGCAGGACCUGGCGGCCGACAAGUCCAUCCGAGUCACCAUCUUGAGCGGCGACGUCCACCUCGCAGCAAUUGGGCAAUUCUACUCGAAUCCCAAGCUCGGCCUAGCCAAGCACAAGGACUUCCGCUACAUUCCCAACGUCAUCUCGUCCGCCAUCGUCAACACGCCACCGCCGGACCUGUUGGCCGACGUCCUGAACAAACGGAACAAGGUCCACCACUUCGACAAGGAAACCGAUGAGGACAUGAUUCCCAUUUUCGCCCACGGCGUCGACGGCAAGCCGCGCAACAACAAGCACCUCCUUCCCCACCGCAACUGGUGCGCCAUCCGCGAGUAUGUGCCGGGCCAUACCCCGCCGCCGACGCCGGACCGUUCCGGGACGCCCGACGUCACUCCAAUGGGCUCCCCGUACGGCGUCACCGACGGCGAGACACCACGGCGGAGGAGUGGUAUCUUCCGGCGCCUGUCGCUGUCCAGGUCCCGCACCACAGGCCCCGACGUCCUUCCCAAGGACCGCUCUCGGCCGCCCAUUUCCGGCGGCCUUCUGCGCUCCCUCUCCCGCCGCGCGGGCACCGCCAGCGCAGACGAGGUCGGCAGGCCUCCGUCGCAGCCCAAACCAGGCUUCCUCACCCGCUCGCUGUCCAGCUCAUCCGUUUCCCGCUUUGGAGGGCUGUUCCGCCGCCGGAGCACCAGCAAGCGUGACGAUGGGGGUAUCAACGGCGUCUGGGGCCCCGACACCGACGAGGAGGAGGCAGCCUACCAGCAGAAUAUGCGCCUGCGCGGCGGCGGCGGCGGCGGCGGCAUGGCCGACUCCCAGCCCGCAUCGGGAUACAACAGCGAAUUCGAUCAGGGCGACGAGAGCUACUUCUCCGUCCGGCAACCGCCCCACCAGAAUAACCCUUAUGCUCCGGCGCGGCCGGGAGACUCGUUGGUCAUGACGGGCGCUACCCCUCCGUCUGUCUCCACGCAGCAGCAACAGCAGCAGCAACAGCAACAGCAACAGCUGGACCACCAGGUGUUUGUGCCAAAGCCGGGCGCGUUCCACCGCACACCUACCACGCUGACAGCCAAGCAGCGGAAGCGCGCUGGCGCGGAGGAGGCCCUCGCGGUCAACCUGCAGGGCGCGCUGGAGGUGACGCUCAACGUGGAGAUCAGCCCGCGCGAUCCGGGAGGGAGCACCGUGCCGUACCGGUUGGUCGUGCCGCGGUUGUGGUAUGAAGAUGACGUGGAGGACGGAGGGGAAGGACGCGAUGGUGGUGGUGGUGAGGGUAGUGUGUUGAGGGGCGGUGGCGAGGAGGAAUUUCCGGGAGGAGGUGAGGUCGUCUCCGGGGAGAUGGAGAUGAUGGGAAAAGACGGGAGGAAGUCGCCGAGGGGGUUGAAGAGGUUGAUCAGCUUGAGGAGGAGGAGGACGGCGGAUUCUUCUGCUCAGACUGCGGAGAUCGGAUAUGUGCCGGGUGCGGGUGCGGCUGGGGAGAUGUGA